CCCGUCUCUGUAGCGAGCAUCACUCGCCCAUUUACAAGACUGGGAGACGAGUCCUAGACAAUACUCUCUGACUGUGACACACACACACACCGGCAAUAACUGACGAUCCACAAAGGGGACAGAGCUGCUCCAUCUCAUAAUGCCAGAACAUGCCGAGGAAGACUACAGGUUGUUGGACUUGCCGAGCGCGCAAGAAACGGUGUGACGAUGGCCGGCCCUGCUGUUCCUCUUGUACACUGCGUGCCAUAACCUGCUAUGGGUACGACGAGAAGCCACAAUGGAUGGAUGGUGGCGAGGCCGAGAAGACUGUCAUGGAAGGCAUCAAACGUCAGAUCAAAGAGAGCUACAGACGUCGGCGCUCCAGAGGUUCUGGGAUCAAGUCUCGCCAUGUCAGGCGCGAAAUCGCUCCGAGCACAUUCGAUCCGUCGUCGCCAUCGUCGGUGUGGCCCCAGGAUAAGCCCACGCCGUCAGAUAACAGCACAGUUCCUUCCCAUCAUCAGCAAGGCCCGAAUUGGGGAAAUCCAGACCGGUUCAGCGCAUACCUUGUUGCGCGCAUCGCAAGGACUGAGCCACAGAGCCCAAACACCUCCGGCCCCGUAUCGGACCGCAACCAAUCAGUCUCUGCCUCCCCGAGUCGAGACCUGAGUACCCGGAUCCCGUUUGACGAAGAAGAGCUCAAUCUGGUCAUGUACUACCUCGACCACAUAUUUCCCAGGCUGUCCCCGUAUUUCAAACACUACGCAGGAGACACCGGCAGAGGCUGGCUUCUCAAUCUGUUUUUGCGGACGAAACCACUGUGCAAUGCCGCCGUCUGCCUGAGUGCAUGCGACAAGGCCCAGUUCGUGCUGGGACCGCUUAGCGACAUUCCGCAGCCAUACCAUGAGCUGGAGAUGCAGCAUUUGCGGAGCGUGGCAGAUAUGCGCGACCAUCUCGAUCAGCUAUCCAAAAAGACGGGCGCCAGCCAGAUGGCGGCAGGCGUGGAGGCCCUUGCCUGUAUCAUACAUUUGAUUUUCUUCGAGCUUUGGAUUCCACGAAAGGGACUUAUGAGCGAUUGGGUCAUGCACUUGGAUGCAGCCAGCGCUCUGCUGUCCUCUCUCGACGUUUCGCCGCUCCCUUCUGAAGAAUCCCCGAUCUCCGAGACGUUGGAAGUCUCCCAUCCUCACGAAUACGAGGCCCAAUGCAAAUUCCCGACCGAGUUUCUGUCCGAAGGAGAACAAUUGGCUUUCGACUUCUUUCUCGACUUCUACAUCUAUUGUUUCAUCAACGCCACAGCGAGCCUGGGACUCACACCACAAUCUGCGCAGUCGAUUCGCAGAGUCCGCGCCUUGUGCCAUCAAAAUCCGGCCAGGCUGUGGGACAGACGGGGAUGCGAAGACUGGGUCCUGCUCACGCUCCUCGACAUUGCCAUUCUCCGGGACUGGAAGCAGAAGUCCUCCCGCGCCGGGACCCUGAGCCUCCGAGAAUUGAACCGCCGUGCCGAGAUCAUCGAGAGCCGGCUUCACGAGGGCGUGGCAAAGUUCGCCGGCCCCUUCUCCCCCUCGACUUUUGCCGCCGUGGACGAGGAAAAACGCAUGGUCACAAACAUCUACGUCAACGGCGCGCUGGUAUUUCUCCACGUCGUGGUGUCAGGCUUCUACCCCAACAUCCCCGAGAUACGGCAGAGCGUCUUGCGGACGCUGCAGGCGCUCGAAUACAUGCGCGAGCACUCGGCGAUCAAUUUUCCAUCCUGGCCGUACUGUGUUGCCGGUUGCCUGGCCCUGGAGUCGGAGUAUUCCCGCUUCCGCGCCCUGGUGCCCCCUUUCGAGAAGGGCAAACAUCCCUUGGUGCUGUCAAAGUGGACGCUGGAAAUCAUAGAGGAGUGUUGGAAGACUCGGGCAUCGCAGCCCGAAGGAGAAGAGUCCUGUAGUUGGGUGACAGCUAUGAACCAUCUGGGGACCCGACUGCUACUUCUAUAAAUCCCCUUCACCAAAAAAACAACAACAACAGCCCGGUGCGCAAUGACUCAGGAGCUCUUCUGCUUGACGGCCAGAGCCGUGGAAAUCAGCUCCACUAUUCCAAGGAUCUUUUCCUCUUGAAGUCUGCGUCCGACGAGCUGCAAGCCGACUGGCGUGCCUUGUUGAACUUCUGGGUCGUCUUUUUUGGCAAAAGGAAGUUGAUCGUUAGCAAGGUUUCAACCUGCAACACCACACCAAUGUCCGGGGCCUACUCACACUCUUCCCAGGUUUUCUUGUCCAGGUCAUUCAAGGGCUGGUAGUCCUUGUCGAAGGUGUCAACCGUCUUGUCGACUUUGGUGACCGGGAAGACGACGGAUGUAUAGUCGAGGGUGUUAACCCAAGGAGUAUAACCUGGGGAAGCGUAAGCAGUCAGUUCCUGGGCCACAAAGUGACGAAUCGAAAACCGGAGGAUCCAGCACAUACCAACGUGCAUUGCCUUCUCGAAUUGAAGCGCGGCAAAGGGCGCGACUGGUGUCAGGAUCGCGUCCACCGGUCUGCCAGACUCGGUUUGCUUGGCGGUGCUGUUCCAGUACUCCA